AUGAGUGGCAGGAUGGCUGAGGACUUGAAGAAGGAGACGGAAUCGCUCGUAGACGGAAAGGUCUCGUCUGUAUCUCCAACGAAGACUGACACAGACACGUCGCGUGAGUGCGAUCCGCUGAUUUCGGAAGUACUUCCGCAGCUGCCAUGGCGUCAACGAGUCAAGACGUUUGCCAUUGAGUACGGGCGCGUCGGGAUCUGCACACACCUUGUGCUAUCGUUGCUGUCGAUUUCCACCAUCUACGUGGGAGUCUCAAGUGGUGUGGAUGUCAAGGCAAUAUUAGAUUGGGUGGGCUUGUCCACGGUAGCAAGUGACUCGACGACGAAGACAGCUGGAACCUUCCUCAUUGCCUACACGUUCUACAAGGUACUCACACCCGUUCGGUGGCCUCUCACAUUUGCAGUUACACCGGUAGUCCUGCGUGCUUUGAGACGCAGAGGAUACAUGCUGGAGUCGAACAACCCACCAUCGAGUCCACCAGCUCCUUGA